UGGUGGGAAGGAGUCAGAGGCCAGAGCGCAGAGCCCAGAGCCCGGAGCCCGGAAGCCAGAACCUGGACCCACCUGCUGCCCCGACCCUCUAACCUGCACCCGUGAGCUGCUGAGACCAGGGAAGCGGAGCCGCCAGCGCCCUGGAGCAGUGACAGCGCAGAGCUCCUGUGGCGCGGGGGGAGGGGAGGAAGGCGGAGAAACAAAGGCGCGCCAGCGAGCUGCUGCGCCACCCUCCCCGUGCCGGCCCACGAUGUGUCAGUCAGAGGCGCGGCGAGGACCAGAGCUCCGUGCUGCGAAAUGGUUGCAUUUCCCCCAGCUGGCCCUGCGGCGGAGGCUGGGCCAGCUGAGCUGCAUGUCCAGACCUGCCCUGAACCUGCGCUCCUGGCCCCUGACCGUGCUCUACUACCUCCUGCCCUUCGGCGCCCUCAGGCCGCUCAGCCGGGUGGGAUGGAGGCCUGUGAGCAGGGUGGCCCUGUACAAGUCCGUGCCAACGCGUUUGCUGUCCCGGGCCUGGGGCCGCCUCAACCAGGUGGAGCUGCCCCACUGGCUGCGCCGGCCGGUGUACAGCCUGUACAUCUGGACCUUCGGCGUGAACAUGAAGGAGGCUGCCGUGGAGGACCUGCACCAUUACCGCAACCUCAGCGAGUUCUUCCGGCGCAAGCUGAAGCCGCAGGCCCGGCCCGUCUGCGGCCUGCAUAGCGUGAUCAGCCCGUCGGAUGGGAAGAUCCUCAACUUUGGGCAGGUGAAGAACUGUGAGGUGGAGCAGGUGAAGGGGGUCACGUACUCCCUGGAGUCGUUCCUGGGCCCUCGCACUGGCACGGAUGAUCCGCCCUUCCCCCCAGCCUCCUCGUGUGAGUCCUUCAAGCAGCAGCUGGUCACCCGGGCGGGGAAUGAGCUCUACCACUGCGUCAUCUACCUGGCUCCCGGCGACUACCAUUGCUUCCACUCCCCCACCGACUGGACCGUCUCCCACCGGCGCCACUUCCCAGGCUCGCUGAUGUCCGUGAACCCCGGCAUGGCCCGCUGGAUCAAGGAGCUCUUCUGCCACAACGAGCGCGUGGUCCUGACCGGGGACUGGAAACAUGGCUUCUUCUCCCUGACGGCCGUGGGGGCCACCAACGUGGGCUCCAUUCGCAUCUACUUUGACCGGAACCUGCACACAAACAGCCCGAGGUACAGCAAGGGGUCCUACAACGACUUCAGCUUUGUGACGCACGCCAACAAGGAGGGCAUCCCCAUGCGCAAGGGCGAGCACCUGGGCGAGUUCAACCUGGGCUCCACCAUCGUGCUCAUCUUCGAGGCCCCCAAGGACUUCAACUUUCAGCUGAAACCAGGACAGAAAAUCCGCUUUGGGGAAGCCCUGGGCUCCCUCUAGGGCCUGCUUCUUGGCCGUGGCUGCCGAGGGACCUUUUCUCAGAGGAGCACAGAGAUCUUUGAGGGGAAGCCCUGGAGGCUGUGCUGUGAGGGCUGACCUGGCGGGCCUGAAGGAUGUGCCGAGAGGGCCUGGUCCUUCUCAGGAGGCAGCCAGAGCGCCUGUCACGCCCCAGGCCUACAAAGUGUGGGCUGGGACCAUCUCAGAAUAACUUUUUGGACUUUUUUUUUUUUUUUUUUUAACAUUGUAUAAACUCCUUGCUGAGCGUGCACUUGGUCUUGACUUUGCUCUGAGGGUGCUAAGUGCUGCUGCACCUUCCUGCUGCUGCUCCCCGCCUCUGGGCUGUCUCCUGUAGCCCUGUGCUUCUCCUUAGCCCUGCCGCCCCACGCAGUGCACAGGGUGAGGUGCCCCCUUGGCACGGACUGUGGACCUGCCUAGCAGCCCAGAGCAGGGCACCUGCUUCCUGUCGCCACACUCGCCUCGCCCCGCUCACAGGGAAAGCGCGGGUUUUCUUCUUUGCACUUGUGGCCAAAUGACCGUCUGAAUGUCUCUGAGGGCGGCAUGAGUGACGUGGACCUUUGCAGGCCCUGACAAGUGGCCUUCUAGAGUGGCUUGAGUCCUCUGCUGGAGCGAGACGGGUCACUGUACCCACCUGCGGGUGUCCAGUGCGCAGGGCAGAUGGGGCUCGGGUCCCCUCCCCACAGAACAUGGGAGAGUUGCUGCUGUUGGUUCAGGCGGAGGAGCCCUGGUGUAUGGUGGGUCAGUGCCUAGAAAACCUGUCUCAAGAAGCAGGUGCACAGGCCUGGGGGAGCCCAGUGCCAGGACAAGGCCAGGCUUCCUGUUGAUCCUGGGGGCACUGUGAAUUUCUCCUGCAGGAGAAGUCAUUGAACUUUUUCAACUGUAUCAGUAGCACAGUAUUUUUGUAUGAAAAGUGGGAGACUUCUGAACAGUGAUUCAUUUAAUCGCAAAAACAUUUUGAAAUAAAAAAGGAAAACCCA